AUGUACGGCUUGUCGAUCGCAAGCGAAGAAGAGCAGGCGGAGCCGCCGACAGUCACAGCAGUCGUACGAGGGCAGGGAGAGCUGAUCCCGCUACUGAAGGCGGCAGGAUGCGACAUGGAUGGGCGGAUAGAGGACGGGAGGACAGGGCUGCAUGUAGCGGCGAUGCUGGGGAGGGCGGGAAGCGUGAGGGAGCUGAUAGAAGCAGGAGCGGAGGUAGGAGCGAGAGACGGGGAGGGGAGGACAUGCAUUCACUGGGCGGGAAAGUAUGGACAUGUGGAGGUCCUGAAGAGGUUGAGGGAGAUGUGUGGGGUAGAGAAACUGAGAGAUUAUGUAAGGGAGAAGACGAAUGACGGCUGGACAUGCACGCAUUUGGCGAGUGUUGGAGGGCAGGUGGAGACACUUCGGUACCUUGCAGAGACAUGCGGGAAGGUGCUGCUGAGCGAGAAGACGAAUGACGGCUGUACGUAUGAUGGCUGGACAUGCGCGCAUUUGGCAUGUCAACGAGGACAGGUAGAGGUACUGCGGUACCUUGCAGAGACAUGCGGGAAGGAGCUGCUGAGAGAGAAGACGAAUGACGGCAGGACUUGCGCACAUGUGGCAAGUCUAGGAGGGCAGGUGGAAGUACUGCGGUACCUUGCAGAGACAUGCGGGGAGGAGCUGCUGAGAGAAAAGGACAAUUUCGGAAAGACGUGUGCUGAUGAGGCAAGUGAACACGAACCUGUUGUCGAGUAUCUUCAAGGUAUGGGGAUCGAGUAA